AUGGCAGUCACAGGCUUGGCAACUCCUCGUUUAGAUUGGCAUGCCGCCGAUCUUCCACAGGCACUCAAAAAGUUCAAAGCAGUGUGCGAGCUCUACUUCUCUGGUCCGUUGAAAUCCAAAUCGGAACAAGAAAAGAUUAGCUAUCUUCUCAUCUGGACAGGAGACGAAGGAAUUGAACUAGCAUCAACUUGGGAUUUAUCCGACGAGGAGAGGAAAAAAUUGAAUACAUAUUGGACAAAAUUCGAGGAAUAUGUCGCCCCAAAGAGCAACUUCAGGCUAGCAAGGUAUAAACUACGUACUCUUAAACAAGCUGAAGGUGAGACAAUAGAUUCAUUCUUAAAGAAAGUUAGAGUUAAUGUGCAAGCCAAAUUACUAGAACAAGAUUCGACCCUGACCUUGGACAAAGCUAUAGACAUAGCCAGGACACAGGAAGCCACAAGUACACAGUUGGCAGAUAUCAGGGGUCCCAGUAACUCAAUACAUGGCUUAGAACAUAAGAAUCGUAAGAAACAGCAACAGCAAACCCUAGAUAAAAGCAGCAUGAAAGUAUGUGGGAAUUGUGGACGUAGCCAUGAUCUAUCAAGUCGCUCACUCUGUCCUGCAUUCAAUACAAGAUGUAAAAACUGCAACAGGUUACACCACUGGGGAAGGGUUUGUCGUUCAGGGAAGCAACUGACUUUACAUGGUAAAAACCAUGGAAAGCCCCAACAAUAUCCAAAGGGAAAACCCCAAAAGCAGGUGAACUCCCUAGAGCAACAACCUGAUCAUGCAGACCCAGUAGUACCACAACUAUAUUUUCACUCCAUUAGCAUUCAUAAUUUGAAUGAGUAUAAUACGCAAGCCAUUGUUGAUCUAAAUGUCAGUUCAGAUCAAGUUACCAAGUCAGUGCCUUGUAAGAUAGACACUGGUGCCGAAGGUAAUGUGUUACCUCUUGAUAUGUAUAAACAACUUUACCCUAACUCACAUUACAAUUUGAAUGGCAAACCUUCUGGUCUAAUACCAUCUAAUACCAGAAUUACUGCAUUUGGUGGUCAUAAAAUUGAACAUUAUGGCAUUUGCAAAUUACACCUAACACACAAUGGGAACACUACCGAGUACCCCUUCCAUGUAGUCAAUACUAGUGGCAUGACCAUCAUAGGGCUACCAACUUGUAGAAGCAUGAACUUGGUAACCUUGCACUAUAGUAUUGAUCUUGAUACAGCCAAACCACCAAUGUCAACAUCUAAUGGUGAUCUCAAAGCUAAGAAAGACAUACUUUAUGAGUAUGGUGACGUGUUUAAUGGGAUUGGAUGUUUUAAUGGUGAGUUUCACAUAACAUUAGAUCCUUCUGUACCACCGGUUAUACACCCACCACGCAGGGUCCCCGAAGCACUCCGUGAACCACUUAAGAAGGAACUUGAUUCCUUAGAGUCGCAAGGCAUCAUUGUGAAGGUAUCAGAACCUACCAAUUGGGUGAACUCGCUUGUAUGUGUGACUAAACCCAACGGGUCACUUAGGCUUUGCUUGGACCCCAAAGAUCUAAACUAAACCCAACGGGUCACUUAGGCUUUGCUUGGACCCUAAGGCCAUUAAGCGGCCCCACCACUGUACACCAACCAUUGACGAAGUGUUUUCGAAGUUGAAUGAAGCACAAUAUUUUUCCAUUGUCGACGCCCGCAGCGGCUACUGGAAUAUUAAACUCGACCAGGAGAGUUCCCUGUACACUACUUUCAACACCCCCCAUGGUAGAUAUUGUUUUUUAAGACUACCGUUUGGACUCAUAUGUGCGCAGGAUAUUUUUCAGAGAAAGGUCGAUGAAACAUUUGGAGACCUCCCUGGCGUAACAGGAAUCGCAGACGAUAUUGUAGUCCAUGGUAAAACCCGUCUGGAACAUGACACAAAUCUCAGAGCUGUCAUGGAACGAGCAAAGAAUGCUGGCAUACGUUUCAACCCCGACAAGUGCAUCAUAGCCUGCAACCAGCUUCCAUUUUUUGGGCACAUCCUCACUAACGAAGGCCUGAAGUUGGACCCCAAGAAAGCAGAAGCAAUUUCUAACAUGGAUCCAUCUACAAGCCUUGCCGAUCUACAAACCUUUCUAGGAAUGGUACAGUUCCUCAGCCGUUUCAUUCCCAACCUUGCAUCUGAGUCCGCAGUCCUCUGGGAUCUCACCAAGAAGAGCAGCGAGUUUCAGUGGAACCCGGAGCACCAAGCAGCAGUGAGCAAGAUCAAGAAACUGAUCACAGACCCAAGCUCUCUUCAGUAUUUUGAUAGCCGCAAGCCAGUGGUAAUUCAGGUCGACGCAUCUACCCGUGGCCUGGGAGCAACCCUCCUCCAAGAAAAUGGACCGGUUGAAUAUCGAAGUAAGUUGCUAACCGAGACAGAACAACGUUACUCUAACAUUGAAAGAGAAAUGCUUGGAAUUGUGCAUGGGCUUGAAAAGUUCCACUAUUACGCCUAUGGCAGACACGUAGUUAUCGAAACUGACCACAAGCCUCUUGAAACGAUAUUCAAGAAGAACCUCGCUAGUGCGCCUCCAAGAAUUGCUCGAAUGAUGUUGCGGAUACAAAAGUAUGACAUUGAGAUUAAAUAUGUACCAGGGAAGGACAUUCCCUUAGCUGAUGCAUUGUCACGUUUGAGCCCCUGCGAAGCUGAUGAAAUAACAGGUUUAGAUAUUUCAGUCCACGAGCUGCAUCUACACCUCAAUGCAAGUAACACUAGAAUCAAACAGAUCCAGGUUGAAACAGCGAAUGACUUUGAGCUUACCUCACUUCGAUCAGUCAUAAGUGUUGGUUGGCCUGACAAGAGAUCUGAUUGUCCUCCUCACCUUUAUCCGUAUUGGAACUAUCGCGAUGAGAUGACAGUUGCAGAUGGUAUGAUUCUUAAAGGCACAAGAGUGCUUAUUCCUAAAACCCUUCAGUUAGAAGUGUUGGCCCAGUUACACUAUGCCCACCAGGGGUCGGAAAAGUGUAAGCUGCGAGCAAAGGGUUCCGUGUUUUGGAACAACAUCAACCGAGACAUCGACAACAUGGUUAGAUCAUGUGGACCGUGUCAACACAAUCAACACAUGAAUGCGAAGGAGCCUCUUACACCACAUGAUGUACCACCUAAGCCAUGGCACACUCUAGGCAGUGAUCUGUUCUUUUGGAACAAUUCUUACUAUUUACUCGUGUGCGACUACUACAGCAAAUUUCCACUUGUGCGAAAGCUCAGCAACAUUCAGUCAAGUACUGUCAUCGCACAUUUGAAAUCCAUGUUUGAAGAACACGGUAUUCCCAGCAAAUUAGUGACUGGCAACGAUACGCAGUAUACAGCCUCCACUUUCCAGGAAUUUGCCAACCUAUAUGGUUUUGAGCAUGUCACCACCAGCCCCUAUUAUUCACAGGCCAAUGGUUUCAUUGAACGGAACGUACAGACUGUAAAAGGCUUGUUACAAAAAUGUAAGGAGUCUGGAGCAGACCCUCAUCUCGCAAUGUUAUGCUUGCGAACUACACCUAUUGACCACCACCUAGCAUCACCCGCAGAGUUAUUAAAUUCUAGAGUAUACCAGUCAAACCUACCAGCUAUUUCUAAGACAACAUCGUUCGAUCCUGAGAGUAACGUGAAGUUACAAGCUCGGCAAGACCUACAGAAAUGGUAUUACGACAGGUCUUCAAAAGAACUCCCAACCUUGAAACCGGGAUGCAACGUUCGUGUCUUCAACCAUCACAGCCAUAAAUGGGAAUCCGGUAGUGUAAAACAACAAACUGAAACACCUAAAUCGUAUGUUGUUGAUAUGUCCAAUGGCGGCACCCUGGUUCGAAACCGCAGACACCUUCGACCAACUGGAGAAUCCGAUAUUCCAAAAUCACCAAAUCACCAUAGACAAAAUCCCACCGCUGAUGUGGAGCUGUGUCCAUCAACAAGUGUGGCAGACAAUUCAACACCCAUUGUGCGUUCUCCACCUAAAGAUCUGGAUGGAAAUCCACCAAUACAGCUGCGACGUUCUAGCCGUACGAUCAAGAAACCGAACAAACUUAACUUGUAA